GACUUCAUGACUGGAACACAAGUACCGCAGGUGCUUGUCCAAGCUCAGAGACCAUUUGGUGCUGGUGUGAAACAAUUCUGGGAUUGUGUUGUGGCUGAAAUCACAUAGAGGGAUGGCUCCCCCAAAUGAAUUGUUGGCAAGAAAGAUAUUUAAAGGAAUUUUAGCCUUCGAACUUCUUGGGAUCACUGGAGCAUAUUUUCUAUUUUAUAAAAUGAACACAAAUCAAGAUUUCAGGCAUACAAUGAGUAGGAGAUUUCCCUUAAUCUUGGAAGUUUAUUACAAAUCCAAUGAAUGGGCUGGACUCUAUGGAAUAAGGGAACAUGAUCAAGAAGCAUGGUUAAACCGAAAAAAUUAGAACCUCUUCAGUCUGAAGUUUUCGUCUCGAGUCUUGAAGCUGGUCACCUCAUUCAGUCUCCUGUUGAAUUAUUUUUAUGCUUUUGAAUUAAAAGCUAGUUUAACUGCA